UUAUAUUGUAUCGGAUUCCGUCGUAUUUCCGGGUGUGGGUGUGGUUUCCCUCCACGCCCUCUCCAGCAAAAGUUAGCCAGCUAGCAAGCAGUCUGUGUCUUAAAAUAAUUUUUCAGCGACAAAGCAAAGCUUCAACCUAAAUUGUUAGAGGCAAAUUUUGGGGUUUGUGAUGUUUGGUCGGGAUGGGGAAUCUAUUUGGAAAAAAGAAGCAGAGUCGAGUGACGGAACAAGACAAGGCCGUUUUGCAACUCAAACAGCAACGAGAUAAACUUAGGCUGUACCAGAAGAAGAUCGGCCUACAGCUGGAAAAGGAACGGCUUUUAGCCAAGCAGCUGCUGAAAAAUGGCAGGAAAGACAAAGCACUGCUGCUGCUGAAGAAGAAGCGUUACCAGGAACAACUUCUGGACAAGACGGACAACCAGAUCAGCAACCUGGAACGCAUGGUUGAUGACCUGGAGUUCGCACAGAUCGAGAAGAAAGUCAUCGACGGUCUCCGAGUCGGAAACCAGUGCCUGAAGAAAAUGCACGAGGUGAUGUCCAUCGAAGAAGUGGAGCGCAUCUUGGAUGAGACGCAGGAUGCCGUCGAAUACCAAAGGCAAAUCGACGAGAUGUUGUCAGGUUCAUUGUCGCAAGAAGAUGAAGAAGCUGUGCUGGCCGAGCUGGAGGCCAUCACUCAGCAGGGCGACGUCCAGCUUCCCGACGUCCCUUCGGAGGAACUUCCCGAAGUUCCCGAAGCCGGCGAGGAGAAAGCAGAGCGAGAACGUCCAAGGAAGAAGGCGGAGCUGCUGGCCGUGUGAAAAGCGGGCAUUAACCUUUUAAAUGACCUUCAGAGGAUCUCCUAAAUGGCCCUGGACCAUUCCGGAACUGCUAAACUUGCAGCUGCACGCACAGGAACCGUUCGAAGCUCAUUAACGGGAAGUGCCGCCAUUUUUAAAACAAAAGCGGAUUGCCGGAAGGACUUCGAAGGUGUUUUUUUUAGCGUUUACGGUGUUUAAUUUUCCACAUUUUCAAGUGCGACAUCAAUUUAAAAGCCACAGAGGCCUUAAAACCAGGCCCCUUAUGUAUUAUAAUUGUAAUGAACUAUGGUGAAUGCAGAAUACACUACCAAAAAAAAGUCUUCUCGCUCAUCUUUUCCUCCUAACACACACACGACACAAAUUGUACUUGAUCUACUCAAAGGUUUGCAAAAAUGUGCUCAAACACAAAUCUUACAAAGUAAAAAAACUUACAUAGUAAAAGUCUGUUAGCUUAAAUGCUAUAAAAUGCUAAUACAUAUAUAUACGUACAACAAAAGAACAAUUGGCUAACUUACAUAGUAAACGUCUGCUGGCUUAAAUGCUAUAAAAUGCUAAUAUAUAUAUAUAUAUAUAUAUAUAUAUACACGUACAACAAAAGAACAAUUGGCUAACUUACAUAGUAAAAGUCUGCUAGCUUAAAUGCUAUAAAAUGCUAACACUUUUUUACAAUGCUCUAAACAAAUGGCUCAGACGCAUAUUCCCACAAAAAUGGCUAAAUGUACCUUUAAACUGAAUUAGGAAUGCAUUAAAAAAACUCAUUAGCUCAAACAAAUGCUUAUGUUGGUCUUAACAGGGAGCAGAUGGAUUCAGCCAUGUGAAAUGUGGUAGACUUGAGGGCUGUGUAUCCACCCAAAUCAAUAAAAUUAAAUUAAUUGAUGAACUAUUUAGUUCGAAUAAUCUGAUAAAGAACAUAAAAAAAUUAAAAUAUCUGAGCUGAGCAUCACACGGUGUUGUUGGUCAGGCAGUGAGUUCACUGGAGUUGCUUCUCAAAGUUAACAAAAAUUGACAGACUUUGAUGUUGCCAGAGAACCGAGCUUCAAAGCGCCGAAUGCGCCAAUCAUCAUUUAACUUGUUAAACAGUUGCUGUGGCAACUCAUUGUAAGUGAGCUGCAUGAGUGGAUUUGAGAGGACUCACUCAACAAAGCUAAGUACAUUUCUGCUUUAUUCCUGUUAAAAAUAAUUCGGUGGGACAGUAACAUGUUUACAACUUAUUAUAAUUAUUACAUUUGUAGUGCUUCAUUCAUUUGCUCCCAAAAACGUAUAAAUGUGUUCUAUUUUUAAUUGUUUCUGUGUCCCAAAGACGUAUUUAUACAUCUUUUACGUACAUCUUUGAGUUCCGAUUCAACUGAGCUCCAAAUCACAAAGUUGAAAAUCCAUUUUAAAGCAAUAAACUGGCCAUUGGAGGGCAAUAGCGGAUUUGGUAAGACCCGCAACCCGAUUCGAUGGCAACGAACGGCCGGGGCAUUGGCGGAAGAUGUCGUUGAGUUGACCCCGCAGAGACUAAAAAAAAAAAUCUUUAUGAGACAGGCGGCGAUGAGGGAAAGUUAACCUGGCUGCCGCGGCCACAACAGCGUCAUC